UGAUGUGCAUGUGAGCUUCACUCGAGAAGAAUGGAUUUUGCUGAAUCCUUCUCAGAAGAAUCUCUACAAAGAUGUGAUGGUGGAGACCUACAGGAACCUCACUGCUAUAGGUUAUAAUUGGGAAGACCAUAAUAUUGAAGAACAUUGUCAAAGUUCAAGAAGGCAUACAAGACAUGAAGGAAGUCCUCCUGGAGAGAAACCCUCUGAAUACACUCAGUGUGGUAAAGCCUUGGCCUAUCACAGUUAUCAUCAACGACAUGAAAGAAUUCAUACUGGAGAGAAACCCUAUGAAGGUAGUCAAUGUGGUGAAUUUGCAUACCAGAGUAGUCUCCAAAUACACAAAAGAACAUGUACUAAAGAGAAACCCUACAAAUGUAAUCAAUGUGAUAAAGCCUAUUCUUAGCACAGUCAUCUUCAAAUACAUAGAAGAACACAUACUGGAGAGAAACCUUAUAAAUGUAAUCAAUGUGAUAAAGCAUUUGCAUGUCCCAGUCAUUUUCAGAGGCAUGAAAGAAUUCAUGCUGGAGAGAAGCCCUAUAAAUGUAAUCUAUGCGAUAAAGCCUUUGCAUGCCAAAGUAGUCUCCAAAUACAUAAAAGAACACAUACUGGAGAGAAGCCCUAUGAAUGUAAUUAUUGCGGUAAAGCCUUUGCAUAUCAUGAUCAACUUAAAGUACAUAAAAGAUCACAUGCUGGAGAGAAAUCCUAUGAAGACAUUCAAUAUCAUGAAGUGUUUGCAUAUCACAGUGAUCUCCAAAUAUAUAAAAGAACGUAUGCUGGAGAGAGACUAUAUGAGUGUAAUCAAUGUGGUAAAGUCUUCGCAUGUCCUAGUAACCUUCAAAUACAUAAUAGAACACAUACUGGAGAGAAACCCUACGAAUGUAAUCAAUGUGAUAAAGCCUUUUCACAGUACAAUAAUCUUCAAAUACAUAAAAGAACACAUACUGGAGAGAAGCCAUAUGAAUGUAAUUAUUGUGGUAAAGCCUUUGCAUAUCAUGGUUAUCUUCACAUACAUAAAAGAAUGCAUACUGGAGAGAAACCUUACCAGUGUAAUGAAUGUGAUAAAUCCUUUUCACAACAGAGUUAUUUCCAAAUACAUAAAAAAACACAUACUGGAGAGAAACCUUAUGAAUGUAAGCAAUGUGGCAAAUCCUUUGCCUCUCAUGGUCAACUUCAAAGACAUGAAAGAAUUCAUACUGGAGAGAAACCUUACAAAUGUAAUGAAUGUGAUAAAUCCUUUUCACAACAGAGUUAUUUCCAAAUACAUAAAAGAACACAUACUAGAGAGAAACCUUAUGAAUGUAACCAGUGUGGUAAAGCCUUUACAUAUCAUGAUUAUCUUCAAAUACAUAAAAGAACUCAUACUGGAGAAAAACCCUAUGAAUGUAGUCAAUGUGGUAAAUCCUUUUUAUGUCACAGUAGUCUCUGAAUUCAUAGAAGAAUACAUAUUGGAGAUAAACCCCAUGAAAGUGAUCGUUAAAGUAAUACCUUUGCAAGGCACAAUGAUCUUCAAAGGCAUGAAACAAAUCAUACUAAAAAGAAACCCUAUAAAUAUAUUUAAUAUGGUGAUGCCUUUGUACAUUUCUAUGGUCCUCAUUAUCUCAAAUCAGUCAUACUGGAGAGAAACCCUAUGAAUGGAAGCAAUGUUGUUAAGCCUUUGCUCUUCAUAGUUAUCUUUAAAUGCAGAAAAGACUACAUACUGGAGAGAAACCUUAUAUUGUACUCAAUGUGAUAAAGCCUUUGAAUCAUGAGGGCUGCUUAGAUCCAACACACCUCAAACACCAGGUCAAUGCAAUUCACAAGAAUUCAUUGUAAUCGGGCCACCUCUGAUCUGUGGAACUGCAACCCCAAGCCAGAAUGUUAUGGAGCUUUUUUUUU